AUGGCCCAGUGGGACAGACUGAGGCAGCUCUCUGCUAUUUACUGGCAGCAGCUUCAUGAGCUUUAUGACAGGGAUGGUUUGCCUAUGGAUGUUCGCCACUACCUGUCGGCUUGGAUAGAGAAGCAGGAGUGGCAACGAGCAGCUAGGGACUACGGCCUUGCAAUGGUGUUGUACCAGGUUCUGCUGGAGAAUCUGGAUAUCCAGCACAGCCGCUUUGUUCAGGAGGAGUCAUUCUUGCAGCAGCACAACAUCAGACGCUAUAAACAGAGCUUUCAGAGGUAUCAAGAUGAGCCCUGUGCUUUGGCAAGCACAAUCCAGUGGUUUCUGGAAAAAGAGAAGGAAAUCCUGAACAGUGCUGAACUGAAUGAACAGGUGCAGCUUUUGCAAGUUGAGCAGGAAGCCAUGGAGACGACCUGUCAGCAGGAGCUUCAACGCAAAAUGGCUGGACUGAGGAACGAUGUGCAGUGUUUGGAACAUGCAAUUAUAUGCCUGGAGGAGCAGCAAGAUGAGUUUGAUUUUAAAUAUCAAACCCACAAGAUGGAAGCUGUGACAGAUGAGGCACAGAAGAAUGAACGGAAGAAAAUGUUUCAGUCACUAAUCAACAAACUGAAUGACUAUAGAAAGAGCACCCUAGCAGACUUGAACAAGCUUUUGGACCGGGCUGAAGACCUGAUCAAUCUGUUGGUGCGGAUAGAGCUGGUGGACUGGCAGAGGAGGCAGCAGAAAUCCUGCAUCGGUGCUCCAGACAAUGUUUGCCUAGAUCAGUUGGAAAAAUGGUUCACCUGCGUGGCAGUGUGCCUGUUCCAGGUCCGGGAGUUUCUCAAUAAGCUGGACGAGUUAGUGGGAAAAAUGUCCUAUGAAAACGACCCUAUAAAGGCCCAAAAACCUGCACUAAAUAAGAGAGUUGAUGCUCUUCUUAAAGACUUACUCAAGAGUUCGUUUGUGGUCGAGACUCAGCCAUCCAUGCCUCAGGGAAAGGGCCCCCUGGUUUUGCGUACAAAUGUCCAGUUCUCUGUUAAGACAAGACUUCUGGUUAAGUUUGCUGAACUGAACCACUCCAUGAAGGUGAAUGUAUCCAUGUCAAGGGAGACUCCUCAGAUCAAAGGAUAUCGGCGCUUCAAUGUGCUGGGAAGUGCAACCAAGGAUUUGAACAUGGCUGAGAGUCUCAGUGGAGGCAUGGUUGCAGACUUCAGACAUCUGUCUCUGAAGGAGCAGAAGUCUGGAGGGGGUGGAAAAGGAAUCAGUGAGAUUUCUCUGAGUGUUACAGAGGAGCUGCACAUCAUCUACUUCAACACUGUCUUUGAGCUGAAGGGCUUUUCAGUGGAGCUGCAGGCCUCCUCCCUUCCUGUGGUUAUUAUCUCAAACUCCAGCCAGCAGCAAAGUGCCUGGGCAUCUAUCCUCUGGUUCAACAUGCUUAGCUUGGAUCCAAAGGAUAUUAUGUUCUUCGCCACCGUUCCUGCAGCUCCUUGGCCACAGUUUGGAGAGAUGUUGAGCUGGCAGUUUCUCUCUGCCACAAAACGUGGUCUGGAUGAUGAUCAGCGCAAAAUGAUUGCACACAAGCUGUUUGGGAAGCAGCAGAACUACGACAUCUGCCAAGUGACAUGGUCAAAGUUUUCAAAGGAAAGUGGUCCUGAGACUUUCUGGGUGUGGUUUGAUGGCAUCCUGGUGAUGGUGAAAUCCUACCUGGAAAACAUCUGGAGGGAAGGCCUUAUUAUGGGUUUUGUGAGCAGAGGAAAAGAAAAACUGCUCCUGAAGAAGAAGAAGAGAGGCACUUUCUUGUUGCGCUUCAGUGAAAGUGUGGUGGGAGGAAUCACCUUCUCCUGGGUGGAAAUAGACUCAACUGGUGAGCCUGAUAUAAAAACGGUCCAGCCCUUCACAAAAACCGAUCUCUGCCAGAUCCCGUUCCACGAAAUCAUCAGAAAUUUCCAGAUCUUGGAAGCCGAAAACAUCCCAGAAAGUCCUCUGCUUUUCCUGUAUCCCGACACUCCAAAAGAUGAAGCUUUUGGAAAGUGGUACUGUGAGAAGAGUGGAGCUGACAAUCCUUACAUGAAGUACAUCAAAACCAAGCUGAUGUUUGUUUCUAAAGAGAACACACUGGAAGCUAGGUCACCCAUGUCCUGUGACAUGACACAGGGUGAUUGCCUGGAGCCAAUGAAUGGCCUGUAUGGAGAGGCAGCUGAACAAGAGGAUGAGCCUCAUAUUCUGCAGUCACAGCUGGAAACCUUUCAGGAUCCCAUGCUGAGCAGCUCUCUCGAACCCUUGGAGGACGAUUGUCUGUUGUACCCGAGCUUCACUGAUUCUGACUUCAUACAGCCCGACUCAUUCCUGACUGAUUUCAACAUGUUAACACCCAGCCUCCUGCCUGCACAAACCUGUGGAGGUAUUUUCCAGUAGAUCUGUGUAUGCCGGCCAUCACUAUACUAAUAUGCUGACCCCUAUUUGCAAAAUCCAUGUAAAGAACUGUGAUACAGUGAACAAGCUGAAUAUUAAACACAACAGCUCAUUGAUUUUCCGAUCAUGUUGAUAAGUCAUUGUCAAUCUUCUUCGCCCGUUAAUAUUUAUGCAAACAAAACGUCAAAGACUGAAGGAGCUGGUUUCAAACCUGGAAUUUUAUCAAUUCAUUUUUCAAAGAUUAGAAGCAGAAAAAUGGUAAAGUGGUGGGAAGUACUGUAUAAAGCACUUUGAAGACGCCUUCUUCUUGAAAAUGUGGCUGUUAAAUUAUUUUAUUCUUGUUGGGUUGAAACUUGUAUUUUAUUUUGUUUUGUUGAAAUUUUUAUGUUUUUAGCUGGACGUCCACGAACCCUGUGAAGAAUUGUCCUAGAAUAAGGCACUCCUUUGAUUAUUUUAUAUGCAGUCUAUAUAAAUUCACUCAAUUUAAUCAGUGUUUUAUCAUAAAUCAACAUAAUCUCGGUGAAACUGUGGUAAACAUUUACCCUUUUUUCUUGUGUUACCUUUAACAUAUUGUUUUCCCAAAGCUUGGCUCUUCCUUCCUUUGCCCUUAUAACAUUCAUUUACCCGUAUAAAGUCUUUUUGCAUAUAUUGUCUAUUCUUGCACUUCCAAAUAGUUUGUCAUUUUGGCUAAAAAGUCUGUUCUACUUUAGUACUCUACUUAAUCUCAGUCUUUAUAUUUUUUUGGUGAAAUGGAAAUCGUUUCUAAUAAGCUGUCUUUUUAGCUGACUUCAGAUUUAAAUCCAGUUGUUCUCCACUGUUAAUUGUACUUCUGGAGAGUUUAAUUCACUUGGUUUAUGUAAUAAAGCUUGUUGAAAGAAAACAA